AUGAUUGGCAUAGGGAAAAUAUUAAGAAAUUGCUAUCAGUUAAAAACACAAUUGUUUGUGAGGCGUUAUGUUCGCGAGUGCGAGAAACUGCAGAUGUGCGGGAGCGAGGAAGAGAUGCGUGAAGUGGCUGGAAGGAUCUGUCGAAACUACCUCCACGGCGCCUGGAAAACUGUAGACCCAAGAGACCUAGACUUUAAAAGGAUUAGCGGAGGCCUGUCCAACUUCUUGUACUACGUCGCUUUGCCGGAUUCGCGGGCCACGUAUCGCGAUGCGCCGCAGGACCGCAUCAAGACGCUCAGCGAACACUCUUUCUCGCUAGACGAGCCCAAAAAGGUGUUGCUGCGUAUUUACGGCCAAGUGCACGGCGAGCGGGCGAUGGAUGCGAUCGUAACCGAAUCUGUGAUAUUCACUUUGCUGUCCGAGCGGCGACUCGGACCCAAACUGCACGGGGUGUUCUCAGGGGGACGCAUCGAGGCAUACAUUCCGGCGCGAUCCCUCCUCACUAAAGAGCUAUCGGAGCCAGCCCUGUCCAUGAAGAUAGCGGAGAAGAUGGCGGCCAUACACUCCAUGGAGGUACCGCUGUCUAAGGAACCCAACUGGCUGUGGAAGACCAUGUCUAAGUGGCUGCGGACCGCAAAAGAAGAACGGUUUACGGUGCACGAUCUGAAAGGCGAGGAACGCAAAAUUAUGGAGCGUCUCCGCUCAGUCGACUGGGAGGCGGAAAUCGAGUGGGUUCGGAAGCUGACCAACACCGUCAACUCUCCCGUCGUCUUCUGCCACAACGACAUGCAAGAGGGAAACGUGCUCCUGGUCGAAGAAGAGACGAGCGCGGAAGAAGAGGAAGGAGUGCUAGUGCAGACCUAUCCCCUGGAAGAUUCGAGCGACUCGGUGUCUUCGAGCCUGUCGGACCUCGGCGAGCCGCGGCUGAUGCUCAUCGACUUCGAGUACUGCGCCUACAACCAUCGCGCCUUCGACAUCGCCAACCACUUUCAGGAGUGGAGCUACGACUACAGCAACUCCCAGCAUCCCUUCUACUUCGAGUUUCUGGACCAGGAACCCACGCUCGAGCAGAAGGAGAUCUUCAUAAAGGAGUACCUGAAGGCCUACCGCAGCGGCUGGGCGCGGGCCGGCGGGGGCCCGGAGGCGGAGGCGCCGUCCGUGGACGACGUCAACCAGCUGCUGGGCGAGGUGGACGCCUUUCAGCCCGUGAGCGACCUCUUCUGGAGUCUCUGGUCAGUCGUCAACGCCUCCAAAAGCCAGAUACCGUUCGGGUACUGGGAGUUUGCGCUGUCCCGUCUGGAGACCUACCUGCGGCUGAAGCGGGAGCUGAUCAAAAAGGAGAAGUGCGGUCUCCCUCACAAGAGGAAAAUCUGCGAGGUGGACAUAUGA